AUGUAUAGCCAUCCUGAUCUGGCGGUGUAUAACCAUCGUGACCUGACGGUGUAUAACCAUCGUGACCUGACUAUGUGUAACCUUCUUGAUCUGGCUGUGUAUAACCAUCGUGAUCGGACGGUGUAUAACCAUCGUGACCUGACGUUGUACAACCAUCGUGACCUGACUAUGUGUAACCUUCUUGAUCUGGCUGUGUAUAACCAUCGUGACCUGACGGUGUAUAACCAUCGUGACCUGACGUUGUACAACCAUCGUGACCUGACGGUGUAUAACCAUCGUGACCUGAUGAUGUGUAACCUUCUUGAUCUGGCUGUGUAUAACCAUCGUGAUCGGACGGUGUAUAACCAUCGAGAUCUGGCUAUGUAUAGCCAUCCUGAUCUGCCGUUGUACAACCAUCGUGACCUGACGGUGUAUAACCAUCGUGACCUGAUGAUGUGUAACCUUCUUGAUCUGGCUGUGUAUAACCAUCGUGAUCUGGCGGUGUAUAACCAUCGUGACGUGACGAUGUAUAACCAUCGUCAUUUGGCGGUGUAUAACCAUCGUUACCUAGCGGUGUACAACCAUCGUGACCUGACGGUGGAUAACCAUCGUGACCUGACGGUGUAUAACCAUCGUGAUCUUGCGAUGCACAACAUCGGUGUAUAUAAGUAA